AUGAGUUCUAGUCAAAAUCCCGGCAAGGGAGCGGACGAGAUGUUCCUCAGCCAUCCUGGCCAUGACCAUCCGGUUGUCUCGCCUCUGCGGGUUGCAAAACGAAACACUCCUUCACCUGCGCCCAGUGCCUCGUCGAACCCCCAAGGCCGUCCCGGCGGCUCUCAGUCUUCGCUGCCAUACCCUGACGACCGGAGACCGCAGGAUCAAGCGUCAUGGAACCAGAACGGGCCCGAUUCAAGGCCACAUCCAGGCGAUUCAAGGCCGCACGGCCAGCUGUCCUGUUCGCCUGUGUCGCUGUCUUCGCCAGCGUCCAGCAACGCCGAUAUUCCUGCAGCCCUGAAGCCGCAGGACCGACGUGACGCCAAACAAACCCAGUCCAGCCUGGCUGAGAGAAGAGGCGCUGCGGCGCCGAAGCAGCUGGAGUCACCCACGGCUGAGAGCCCCGAUAAAGAGGGCCUGUUCCAGCGUCUCCCCCAGCGGGCUCCUGCGCAGAACACUUCCGCUCAGAGCAAUCCGUCAGUCGUUGUGAACCCAUAUCCGGAGUACCACCAGCAGUAUUGGCCUCCUCCUUCGCAGUCAGCACCGUCUUCCAGCGGAAACCUUCUGGCGCCCUCCAGCACCAUAAACAGGAUCGAUUCCACCGCCUCUACCUCUACCACCAAAGCUCAGCGCGGCUCGCCCCCUCCGCCCGAAACUCCGGUGGUUGGGCCAGGCCAGCAGCCAAGUUCCGAUAUCGUGGCUCGUUAUGCCGCCUCCGGGAUCGCUGGCUCGGCGACGCUGAGCAGCAUCCACGCACACAACCAUGCCGCACAGCAAAGGGCGCAACAGUAUAGCGGUGUUCCAGGCAGAAGCAACCCGCCAGCCGUGCAGCUUGCUGCCGUUGCGCCUCCCCGUCCGUGGACUCCAACCGAGCAGCCCGGCUCUGAGCCACACGGCCCUCCGAGAAUCUACCAAGGAGAUACGGAUGUCACUCCUAUCCCAACCUCCGAAGCGCCCGCCAACCAGCUUCCCAGGCCCCAGCAACCUACAACUACCGCCGUUAAUAACAGCAAUAACAACCCCCAGGGCCAACUGGAGGAUGAUUUCCAGCGGCUGAACAUGACCGCCUCCCCGCCGCCGGCCUAUUCAAGCGUAAUGGGCGGCCAGAACAUGGCAUAUCCCCAGGAAAAGCACGGCGGGCCCACCGCUCAGUACCCGCCCAUAGCAGGGUCUGUAGCUGCCAGCGGCCCUCCCUCCGUGGCCGGCUCCCAGCCGUCGAUACAGAGCCAUCCCGCGUUUGCAAACGACUCCCGUCAAGCGCACACUGCGACCCCGAGCCAACAUAGCUUCCAGAGCGGGCCAUCCGCAUUCCCUUCAUCGUCAAAACAGAGUGAACCCGCCUCAGCACAUCCCGGACCCGGGCCAGCUUCUCCGCCGCCUCUUCCCGAAGGCUGGAUAGCUCACCUGGACCCCAACUCCGGCCAAUACUACUAUAUUCACCUGCCCACACAGUCCACGCAAUGGGAAUUCCCCAAGGGCCCCACGCCGCUCAACCUUAACGAAACUCCCCUAUCCCCCGGCCAUAGCACGUUUGGUGGACACGGACUCACCUCUCCAGGACUCUCCUUUGCUAAACCUUUGGCUUCCCCUGCCCUAUCUGCUUUUGGGCAGCCCUUGGCCUCCCCCGCCCUGUCUGCCUUUGGCCAACCCAUGCCCUCCCCGGGCUUACCGAUGACGCCUGGAUACGAAGGCAGCGUCAUGGGAAUGAAUAGCGGCUUUGUGGGGCCGCCUCCAACAAGUGGUGUGGAAAUGUACAAAGUUGCUCCAACAAACGGUGUCUACUUUGGGCCGUACUUGCGGUACACCAACAUGGACAUGGAACGAGGCCUCUGGCUAGGCUCUAUCCUGCUCGUGACGGAUGCCUCCCAGCCCCCUACCAUCCACAUACACAAGAGCACCGAUCUAUCGCCAAAUCCAAGACAGCUUCAACCCGCUCGUAUCGCCAGCCAUCAACGAUGGGUAUUUUAUAAAUACAGCAUCGACUUACAGAUGGAUGACAGCACCUCUCACAAGUGGACGUACGCCAUUACCUCACACCUCGGCUGCACACGCUAUGAAUUCCUAGUGGCCGGUCGACACGAGACAGCAUGGCGGGUCGUUGCGACUUCUGGCAACGAUUUCGCCCUCAACGUCAAUGCGAACGAAAGAUCGCGUCUGGGCGGGGUGGGCUACAUGUGGAAAGAUAUUAUGCAAAAGCACGUUGAAUGCGGUGGAUUCCAUGCACAGCUAUGUCUUGGAGGACAGAUCAACGCUGACCGGCUGUGGAGAGAGGUCCCGUCCCUUAAACAAUGGCUGGCCGUCAGCGGUAAGGAGGCGAGGAAAACAGCGCCUUGGACUGCUGCCCUAGAAGAGGAUGUCACCCAUGCCUACUUCCAUUAUUAUACCAGCCAUUUUGAUCAACCUCACUUGAGAGAGGCCUUCGCUCAGCUGCCUCACAUCUCCCAAGUUGAUGACCAUGAUAUUUUCGAUGGCUUCGGCUCAUAUCCCGAUCAUAUGCAAUUCUCCAACAUGUUUAAAAAUAUCGGGCGUCUUGGAAUCGAGAUGUACCUCUUGUUCCAGCACCACACCACCUUGGAGAUCCUACGGCACGUCGCUGAUGAUUCUGACUUGUUCACAAUAACUGGGACUGGGUGGCAUUUCAUCAAAUACCUUGGGCCUGCCAUUGCGGUUGUCGGUCCAGAUUGCCGUUCGGAACGAAACCCCCAUCAAGUGCUUGCUGGUCCAACCUACCAGGGCAUUUUCCCCAAGGUUGCCACCCUCCCUCCAAGUGUCCAGCACUGCAUUUGGAUGGUUUCCGUUCCUCUGGUUUACCCUCGCCUGGAAUCAGCGGAGCAUUUUGUUCAGACUGUUGCCACGGGCAAAAAGGCUGUGACUGGUGCCUAUAACAUGCUUGGGAGAGUUACAAGCUCUGUUGCCGGUGUUGUAGGCGCCAAGAACGCGGUAGGCUCUGGCUUUGAUUCUGUCAAAAGAGCAGUGGGCAAAUCAGGCUUGAUGGGCAGUGUGUUAAGCCCCUUUGGCGAUAUUGACAUCCUUGAUGAACUGAAAGACCAGUGGACCCACGAAUCAAAGGAUCUUGAGAGAACAUACCUCAUCCGUACUCUUCAAGGAAUCGCGCAUCAACGAAGCAUACGAAUGACCUUCCUCUCUGGCGCCGUGAACUGCUGCGGAGCCGGACUUGUCCAUGACCCUUCCCACCCCACAGACCACAAAACAAUGUACCAGAUCAUUUCAUCAGCAGUAGUCAAUGCCCCUCCCCCGUCAUAUAUUCUCAAAUUACUCCACGGGAAUAACAAACCCCUAUAUAUACCCGCCAACGGACAGCGAUCGGUCGUCGCUCAAGUUUCAGAUACAAAGGAGGAUAUGAUGGAACUUUUCCAAACCGACGUUUCGGGCCAGCCAAGAGAACAUCGCAAACUGAUGGGCCGGAGAAAUUACGUUGCGAUCGUUGGAUAUGAUCCGGACGCUGUCCAAGCUGCAUACAGCAGUAUGCAGUCCCCUAUGUAUCCACCUAAUAGCGCCGCCGCCGGCUCGUUCUCAAAGUUGAGCCUUGCAGUGGACUUUUUGGUGCAGGGCGACGGGUCGUUUGGCAAUGUAGUCAAAUUUGGGCCCGUCAUAGUCCCUAGCUUAGAGCUAGGCAGGUAA